AUGUCAGACUCAACUGAUGAAGAUAAUUUACGUAAAGCUAAUUUUCGUCUUUGUCGAAUAUGUAAAUGGUCUAACUAUACUGGACUUGGCUUUAGUGUUGGCCGUUCAACACAACCUCCACAAUAUAUUCAACUUGUCGAUUCGAAUAGUCCAGCAUGUGCUACUGGUCUUAAAAUUCGUGAUGUUGUUCUUGCUGUUAAUGGUGAAGAUGUAUCUGAAUAUGAAUAUGAAGAAUUAUCAAAGUUUAUGAAAACUUCUUUAGAUAAUAAUGAUCGUCUUGAAUUACUUGUUAUUCAAAAACGUGUUUAUGAUACAUUAAAUGAGAAAGGCAUUUCAUUUAAUCCUAGAUUUGCUAAAGUAUUAGACACACCAAAAAAUAUGCCAUUAGAUUACAAAAAUUUUCCGAAAAAUAUACCACGUACAUGUGAAAUACGUUUAAAUAAAAUUGAUGAAACAUUUGGUUUUAAUAUUGCUUAUGGUAAAAAUGAUAUUGGUGUAUAUAUUCAAGAAGUAGCUCCAAAUUCACCAGCUAGUAAAACAACAUUACGUAAAAGUGAUCGAAUACUUGAAAUUAAUGAUAAAUUUGUUGAUAAAGAAUCAAGUAAAAAUAUUGAAAAAAAAUUAAUUGAAGCAAAAUCAAAACGUUAUUUAAAGUUAUAUGUUGUUGAUACACAUACAUAUACAUAUUUUGAAAAGAAUAAAAUACCAUUAGAAUCAAAAAAAUUUAAAAAAAGUUCAUUUGCAAAAACUUUACCACAAUCUCCAUAUGAAUAUAUAGAAGAAAAUUCUUCUGAAGAAAACAAUGGAAAUGAUUAUAUUGAAACAAUACCAUCGUUACCUAAUGUAAUAACUUCAAGUGAUGAUCAACACUCAGACAAUAUUAAUAUAGAAACAGAAUUUUCAAAAGGAGGUGCAUUAGCUGGUGUUAAACCUAAAGAUCGUUCAAUUGAAAUAAAUGAUGUUAAUGUUGAAGAUAUUGAUGAUGCUAAAGAACAAGAAUAUUUACGUAAUGUUAAAAAUCCUCAAUCAUCACAACCAUUAGUUCCUCAAGUUAAACCAUUUACUUAUGAUACAGAAAGUAAAACAAUACCUAAUAGUAAACCUGAAAAUGUAAAGUAUUUAUCAAACAAUAAAAAUGAUUCAUUUUCACCAAAAUCUUCGUCGAUUCGCGAAGUUAUUCCAAAACUAGUUACUACUAUUACACCAGUACCUGUUCAGAAAUCAUCAACAUAUGGUAUAAAGAAUUUACUUAAAUAUAAUCCAUUAGAAACACAAAACUUAAAUAGACAAAGAUAUGAACUUCGACCUAAUAAAAAUUUUCCAGAUUUUGGUAUUCAUAUACAUUCAACGGAAAUCAAUGGUAAUAAACAUAAAAUUACUAAAAUUACACAAAAGUCACCUGCUGAAGAACAAGGUCUUCGUGUUGGUCAUAAUAUAAUAGCUAUUAAUAAUCAAAAUGUUCAACAUAUGAAUGCAACUGAAUUUAAACAAUUUUAUCGUGCUGCAUGUAAAAGAGCAUAUGAAAAUGACGAUUCAUUAGAUUUAGAAAUUAUUGAUGAAGAUUUACAUCGAAGUCAAACAUCACUUGAUGAUACUGAUCAACGAAAAUCAUCAUUUUCUACAAGUUCUACUUCAACUUCCACAAGUAAUAUCAACGAAGAUUAUCCAAAAUUACGUCAUUGUACUAUUCGAUCUUGGCCACAAUAUCAACAACUUGGUUUUAAAAUUAUUCAAUCAUCUUAUAGAAAGGGUGGAUAUCAAAUACAACAACUUGAAAAAGAUUCACCAGCUGCUCGUACAAAUGUUUACAAUGAUGAUUAUAUAAUUGAAGUAGAUGGUGUCAAUAUUGAAAAAGAAAAUUAUCAAUAUGUUCAAGAUCUUAUACGUGAAACAUAUAAAAAAAAACAAAAGAUUGAACUAUUGCUUAUUGAUGAAAAAGGUUAUCAAUGGUACAAACAUCGUCAAUAUGGUAUAAUUCCAUUUCCAAAUGAAAUCAAUGUUGUUCGAUAUAGGACACCUGAUCCUCCACCUAUGGUUACACCGAAUGAUACAAAUAGUACACGAUUAUCUGGAUAUCCUAGAUCUAAUGACAAUACUCCAAGUGGACCACAAAAAAUAAGAAAAACAUAUGCUACUGGUUAUGAUCCAAUAUCUAAUUAUCCAUAUAGUCGUGUAGACAAGCAUCCAAAGGUAGUGCCAUCAUUAUUUUCUUCACAGGAACAUUUAUCACGUGGAACAGUUGAUAUUGUAUCUGAUAAACGUCUACUUCGUUUGUGUCGUGUACAAGGCGAACCUUAUCAAGUAAUGGGUUUUGAAGUAAAACUAAGUGAUAAUAAACAUAUUAUUCAUAACAUUCAACCAAAUUCACCAGCAGCUCGUUCUGGUUUAAAUGAGAAUGAUCGUUUAAUUGGACUUAAUGAUGAAUAUGUAUUAGACAAAUCAAUUCAGGUUGUGAAUGCUUUAAUUAGAAAUAUUUUUCAAGAAACUGGUGAUUUACGAUUACUUAUUGCACCAUAUAGUGUAAAACCAUUAACAAGACGUUCAGCUCGAUCGUUAGAUGCUUUAAAUGAUGAUGCUUUUUAUCGAAGUAGUAGUAAUUUUCAAUCCAUAAAUGAACAUGGAAAACCACUAACAUCAAGAGGUACAUAUCAAUCAAUGUUACAUCCUUAUGAUGAAGAUAAUAAACAUGUUCGAUUAUCUACUACAAAUGAUUUUAGUGAUCGAUUAUUUGAACCAAAAGAUCCAUGGCAACGUAAAUGUGUACUUCUUCGAGAUUCAUCUUAUCAUGGAUGUGGUUUUCGAUUAACUGAACGACAAAAUUAUGAUACACCUAUUGUUGUUGAAGUAUCUCCAAAUAGUCCAGCUAAACGAAGUGGUUUAACUGAAGGUGAUCAUGUAAUCUAUAUUGAAUCACAAAAUAUUCAAAGUUUUCGUUCAUUUAAUGAUAUAAUUGAUACAAUUAAUCGAACAUUUCAAGAAAAUGGUCAAGUUACACUUAUUGUAUUAACAGAUUCAGCUUAUAGAGUAUUAAAACGAAAUGGUGGUUAUUUAGAAACAAAUAUAUUUAAUUAUGAACUAUCACAAUAUGAUCAAAUAAGACCACGUUUAUGUAAAUUAAAAUUAUAUAAUUUUCAACAUAAUUUUGGUAUUACAUUAAAACGUGAUAGAUUUUUAUUUAUUCAAUCUAUUGAUCAAGGUUCAAUAGCUAAUGUUUACGAUAUAAAAGAAAAUGAUAUUGUACUUGAAUUAAAUGGUCAUGAUACAAAAUAUUUAACAAUGAAUAAAAUUAAUGAAAUAAUUAAUAUAAGUAAAGAACAACGAACAUUAGAUAUAUUAGUUAUUGAUAUAGAUGGUUAUGAAUUUUCAAUAAGACAUGCUAUUCCACUUAAUUCAAGUUUACCUUUUGUUCAAAUAAAAGAAGAAUCAAUUACGACCAUCAGUAGUCGAGCUCAAAAUGAUCCAGUUUAUUUGUAA